AUGACGUCAUCGGUAGCCAAGACGGCGCCUAGUGGAAGCAGCGGAUUGCACCCAGAAGACAUCCGCCAGCAGUACACGGAGUGCCCGGAGUGCAAGCUUGAGUACAACGACUUCCUGAAAAUGCCGCGUGUGCUCCCGUGCCUGCACGCGCUCUGCACCUCGUGCCUCGAGUCCACGGCGACGCGCGGCGUCGUGAAGUGUCCCACGUGCGAGAUUCGUCACAGCGUACCCAACGGCGACAUCGAGCAGUUCCGAGAGGACGAGACGAGGUUAUUCCUCGUGAACCACACCAAGGUCCAGGGUCGCACGCCGGAAAUCGCUUGUCAGGAAUGCACGAGCAAGAAGGUUGCCAAGUACCGCUGCAAGGAGUGUGCGCAGUUCUUAUGCGCAGACUGCUAUGACGCGCACAACCGCACCAAGGUGACGAAGCGCCACCACAUCAUGUCCAUGGAGGAGCUACGGGACGCGCCGCUGGAUGACUUCCAGCCGGUGCACUACUGCACCGUCUCCGGCCACGAGGAACAGCCUUACGCCUUCUACUGCCUCUCGGAGUCAUGCGACCGGCCGAUUUGCGCCAUGUGCGCCGUUGCGGAUCACCAGGAGUCCAAAGGCCACGAUCUCCGGGAAAUUCAGGAAGUAUACGGGGACAUUCGGCGCACCGUGGAAGGGUUGAUGUCGGAUGUGAAGCACAGGACGCUCUCCGCGCAGGAUACUGCCGUUUCCAUAGAGACGACCAUUGACCAGCUUGACACCAAUCUACAGACCACGACAGGCAAUAUCGACACCGCUUUCGACAACGCCGUCAAAGCUCUGGAGCGCAGAAGGACGGAGCUAAAGGACAAGUCACACGCUAAUGCGAGAGAAAAGAAGAAGCGGCUCGAGAACCAACUGGACGGGAUAAACUUUCACAUCAACAGUAUGGAGGACGCUAAUGAAUUCUCCGCAAAUAUUGCCACUUACGGCAGCCAAUCAGAGUUCCUCUUUUUUAAGGACACGAUCAUCGAGCGCCUGAAUCACCUGCGCGACGAGGAAUUCGACACGAUACCGCACGACAACGACGAUAUCAAGUUCAAGAACACGAAACUCGCCGAGGAGUUCAACAAGCACGUGAAAGAUAUGGGAGCCAUUUGGACGACAUCGGCCUACGGACCGAACACGCACGUGGAAACCCAUGACGUCAUCGUUGACCGCGAGAUGACAGCACUGAACAUAACGCUGUUUGAUAGCGAGGGUCUGCAGCAAUCAGAGGGCGGAGUGGAUCUACGCGUAGACGUCAUCGACCCAUCCGGGCGUCGCCGGGCUGCCACGGUGGUGGACAAUACCGGUGGCGACGGCCGCUACAAGGCGAUUUUCAUGGGCACCGCCAAAGGCAAGCACCGGGCCACCGUGUUCCUGCACGGAACGCCCAUGCAGACCGACCAUGUGUUCCGCGUAUCGUCCCCGCACACCGUGGAGCGGCUGAAUCUGCACGCCCAUGGGGAGACGGUAGAGAAACACCGUAUGGGUCGUCCCAUGAGGACUGCUACGCCAAGCGCCCUCAGUGACAACAUGUCCCCGAUCACCGACCACAUGCUGGGAGAUGUGAUCUGUCCCGGGUUUGUGCUGGAUGCCACCACAUCGAGCCCCUUCGUGGAGAUCCUGGAGGAAGGGAAAACCAUGAAGGCAAAGAUCAUCAAGGGAAGCAACACUCGUCGCACGGGCAGAGAACAGGGGAGGUUGGCCCUGUAUCGCGGCGCCAUGGCCAGCCGACCGAUCCAGAAGUCCGGGCUGUACUACUUCGAGGUGGGAAUAGUGUACAAGAUCCACAAACUAGUCCGCCAGGAGCACGUGUUCGAGAUCGGACUCUCCAAGCUGGACUGUAUCGACCGCCACCCGUCCGUCGAUUGCCACCCGUACGCAUGGUGUGUCAGCGCGCGCGGAUGUCACGUGUGUGGAAAGGUAUGCCUCCAGACAUGGCACAACGGGCAGCUGCUGAGUCACACCGCCUUAUCACCGCGCACCAAGUCGCCGCCGGGAACAUUCGUCCGCCUGUACUACGGCUUCCUGUUGGAUGCCGACCGCCGGCACUGGAUUGUUACCGACGUCAAGAACAAGAAACUCGUCUUCCGGUUUAAGAACCUUGUGGUGUCCGAGAUGUCCGAGCCUCUUUGGCCAGUGUUCUCCGUUUCCAGUCCGGAAGUGGUACAGACCGUCCUGACCAUCAAAACCGGAAGGGUGAUUGACGUCAUACCGGAAGAAUCGUUGGAAGCGCUGGCCCCAUAAACAGACUGCUUCUGGGGGUUUCAAUUAGGUGACCGAUAAAAUGUGUUUGGAAUAAAUUCAAUUACAGGUGUUAAAUGGGGAAAAGUAUGCAUUCACGUGCGAACAAUGUUGUUCUAUAUGAGGCUGUGUAGCCCGACAGGCUGUUAUGGGAUGACACUUUCUUUAUAUGGUUAAUCCUGGAAAUUGGCUUUAUUAAGAUUUAGUUGCGGAUUACACUUGAUAUUAACCUGGUUUUCUUCGACAUGCAUGUGUUUUCAGAAUAUUGUUUUCUUUGAUAUUGCAUAUAACUUGAUUAUGCUGAUUGUUGUUAAAUAAGUACAUACAUGAUUGUUAAAUCUUAGUAUGUGAUAUUCUAAUACGAGAUACAUAUCGGAACUUUGAUGCCUGUAUUAUCUUUAGUAUUUUAAAGUUAUAUAAGAACAUAAAACAUGCAUGGAUUAACAAAAAAGAGAAUCGCAGAGAAUUUGCGAGUUAUGUAACUAUCGUCAACAUUUAAUUGUCGGUACUUACAUGGAUUUUUACUUAUGUCGUAUUAAUGUUUUAAGAUGCAUUCACGAACUGCUAUGUGACGUUUUACGCUGUUUUGCAAGUAGCUUUAAGUGCACGUAUUUUCA